AUGAAAAAUUUUCCAUAUGCAAUUCCUGAUUCUCCCGAAUCAAAAUCUUAUGUACAAUUAUAUGAACUAUUUCCAAUGAAUUCAUGUAUGUAUAUGACAUAUUGGAAAUAUGGUGGAAGUGAAUUGAAUUGGUUUCCAUCACAUUGGAAUAAUGGAACUUCAUUUGAAAUAAAAAAUUAUAUGAAUUUUGCAUCUGAAAUGAUACAUUCAAAUGAUUCUUCUUUAGAUGAAGAUUAUUGGUAUUCAAAUGUAAGAUGUCGAACUGAUAGUGGACAAACUUAUCCAUGUCAAGAAAUUUAUUUAAAAAAAAAUACUGAUAUUCCUCUUCGAUUACUUGAAGUUCGUCGUACAAACUGGAGAGUUAUUCAAGUAACAAUAGAGUGUGGGUGUGGGUGGGGUGUGGGUGUGGGUGGGUGUGGGUGGGUGG